AUGGCCACGGCGCACACGACCAAGGCCAAGACACAUUUUUUUGAGAAUAACGACUUGCGGCAGGUGCUGCAUGCGGACGCCACACAUGGUGAUGGCUCCUUCACAAAAACAAAGGUGGCAUUCACCAUUGGAUCCGGCAGUCGAUCUGUUGAAACACUGUGCAAGCUGCUGGAGGCUGGCGGGACAUGCGGACGGAUCGACCUGACGUGGAACUCGCUGGCCUACCACCGUCAGUCCCUGGCCAACCUCCAGGAAGCCAUGAAGAAGACGAGGAGAUUGUGCGCGGUGAUGCUGGACUGCCUGGGGCGGGAGAUCAUGGUCAACCGCGACGUGGCCCAGGACAACGACGGCACGCACCGCGAGCCCGACGCCACGACAAUCGUGGCGGGGUCCACGGUGGUGCUGACCACCGACACCAGCCAGGCCUUCAGCGCCAGCCUGUUUCCCAUCUCCUACCCCGGCCUGCCCGCCAUGGUGGAGCCCGGGGACAAUCUGUUUGUGGGGCGUUACCUGGUCUCCGGCGCCGACGCCUCCUCGCUCUACAUGCGCGUGGAGGCGGCGGACGAGACCAGCAUCACUUGCACCGCCCUCUCCGGCGCGGUCCUGUCGGGCCUGCUCACCGUCUUCCACACCGAGCGCUCCAGCGAGGGCCUGGCCAACAAGCAGAACGACCUACCCCUGCUCACCGCCUACGACCGCGAGGCGGUGGCCUCCCUGGCCGCCGACUUCGACGUCGACUUCCUGUCGCUGUCCUACUGCCGCGACGCGGAGGAUGUGGAGUCCGCCCGCGCCUUCCUGUCCUCCGUCGGGUCGGGGCACACCAAGGUGCUGGCCAAGUGCGAGACGCGGCAGAGCCUGUUUGCCUUCAAGCAGCUGGUCCGCGCCGCCGACGGCAUCAUCAUCUCCCGCGGCAACCUGGGCCUGGACGUCCCGCCCGAGAAGAUGGCCAUGAUCCAGAAGUCCAUGAUCUCCACCUGCGUGGUGCUGAACAAGCCGGUCCUGAUCACGCGCGUGGUGGACACCAUGAUCGACACCCCGCGCCCCACCCGCGCGGAGGCCACCGACAUCGCCAACGCGGUGCUGGACGGCGCCGAUGGCUUCCUGCUGGGCGCCGAGACGUACCGCGGCAAGUACGCGCUGGAGACGGUGCGCACCGUGUGCGCUAUCGCGCGCGAGGCGGAGGCCGCCUUCGACCACGCCGCGCACUUUGACCACCUGGUGGACGAAGGUGGGCGGCUGGCUGCCGAGGGCGAGGCCCACGCCUCGCGCGUGGACAUGAUGCGCAACCUCCAGUCGGUGCUGAGCGGCGGGUCGGGCGGCGCGGCGCGCCUGUCCAAGCUGGAGGCCAUCGCCUCGUCGGCGGUGCGCGCCGCGGACAAGGUCCGCGCCGCCAUGAUCAUCGUGGUGACCCAGACCGGGCGCGCGGCGGGGCUGGUGGCCAAGUACCGCCCCGCCAUGCCCAUCAUGACGCUGGUGGUGCCCUACCUGAAGCGCGAGGGGCUGCGCUGGCGGCUGGAGGGCCGGUCCUCGGCGCGCCAGGCGCUGCUCACCUCGGGGCUCAUGCCCGUGCUGGCCGCGCCCACGCCCAGCGCGGGCGAGUCGCUGCUGGAGGAGGCGGUGGUGCUGGCGGUGCGCCAGGGCAUGCUGGCGCCGGAGGACCACGUCGUCACUGUGUCGCGCACGGGGGUGGGCGAGUACAUGAUCAAGAUCGUGUCGGUGAACGAGUUCGGGUCCGGCAUCAAGCACAUCCGGCCCAAGAGCCUGCUCACCAUCCUGCGCGGCCAGGGCCAGAACGUGCCGGACGAGGAGGAGGGGGAGGAGGGGGAGCAGCGCGAGUCGGUGAGCCGGGGCUCGUCAAUCCUGCUGGGCACCGGCAACGAGUCCCUGGUACUGCACACGCCCGCCGGCCCGGCGCCCUCCCGGACGCGGUCCGGGGCCAACGGCCACGCCUGA